AUGAAGACCCAAUCGUACUCCACAAAAACCUGGAACGAGCCCGAACUGACCCCCAAAACCAAAGAUCGGGCCACCGUCGACUGGAUUUUCCUCGUGGACCUGCUCAACUUCUCCUUCUGGUCGGACACGGAUCUGCAGGACUCGGGCCUGGCUUCUUCCCAGCGUUUUGCCGUCGCCUACAACGACAAGGAGUACACGGGAUACUGGAGUCUGUGUGCUGCCAUCAACCGGGCCUUGGACGAAGGCAUCCCUAUCACCACCCCCGCAUACUGGAAAAGUAACGACUUCAGUCUCGAGAAACUCGCCCACGUAUUCAGAUCUGCCACGAAGGAAACUGUGCCGUUGUUGGAGACUCGAUACGACAUCAUGAAACAGGCUGGAGGGGUGUUAGAAGAGAACAAGUUGGAGUCUUUUGCCCAAAUUCUGGAAAACAACAAGGGAAAAUCAGCCAUGGAGUUGGUAGAGACUGUGGCCACGCUGUUCCCAUCAUUCAAAGACGAAGCCACAUACAAGGACAAGAAGAUUCACAUUUACAAGCGUGCUCAGAUUCUGGUGGCCGAUAUCUGGGCGUGUUUCGAUGGAGAGGGAUACGGCGAGUUUGUGGACAUUGACAGAGUGACCAUGUUUGCCGACUACCGGGUUCCUCAGAUUCUGCACGAUCUGGGCUGUCUCACAUACUCGGAGCAGUUGUACAAGCACAUUGGGGAUCUGAAGAUGAUCGAUUCGGGUGAUCCAAGGGAGGUGGAGCUCAGAGCGUGCAGUAUUUGGGCUGUUGAGCUGAUUCGUCGGGAAAUGGUGAAGCGGGACCCCAAGACGGAGGUCAAUGCGAUUUUGAUUGACUUUUUUCUGUGGGACACCGCCAAAAAGAACCAGCAGAAGGACUACAAGGGUGUUUCUGUGCAGUGUCAUCGAACGAGGUCGUGUUAUUACUAG